AUGAGCAAAAAGUCUAUGUUGGUGGGAAAAAGCAAAAAUACCAAAAAGAAACUCUCCCUCGGGGAAUCGAACCCCGGUCUCCCGCGCGUAUCAGUUUGCCACUCGACCACUUGGUACUGGUUGAUGACUGGGACACCAACUAUGGCUAUAUAUUCCUAUUCUAGACUACUAACACCGUACACAACAACCAACCAACCCCCAAAUCUUUACAAUCCCAUCUUGAAAUGCAAGGAAUGA